AUGUGCUUUAGAGUGCAUGGAUUUGAAAACGAUGUCUGGGCUAAGAUCGAAAAUGGUGAAUAUCUCAAGUCUCAAGUCCUAAUUGCCGAUGGCCGAUCUUUCGGCAAACCAGAAAAUGAGACCAUCCUUGAGGUUGAAAGGUUGCCUUUCAUCAAUCCUUUUCAAAAGUCCACAGAAGACGAACGGUUGAAGCCUGACCCUCUCACAUCACUUUCAAAGCUCAAGAGUCAACUGCAAGAAGAAGCGCCAUCUGGUUUAAUAAAUCAGAAGAGAUUCUUUGAGCUUCUUUCGGAGUGUGAGGCCAGUGAGGCAUUGGAGGGAGCAAGAAGAUUUACGAUCCCUUAUACUGAUGCCUUCAAAACAACCGGACAAAGUGAAACCUCUUUCGUAGACUGGAAGAGAUAUUUUGAAUUGCAAUGCAUGAAGUACUUGAAUAUGUCAGGAGACCAGUUGUGGGUGAGGAUGUGUUCACUGAGGAAAUUGGUUUCAAUAUUGAAUAAGGGAGCUCUCAUAGGUGUCUGGCUGCAAUCGGAGGUAGUUAGGAAAUGCAUGUUUGGAGACACGAUUAGUGGAGUUGCUGACCUGUUUCUAAGUCUGUAUGAACUUGAGGCCGUUGAUGGAACUCGGAACAUUAACCUGAAGGAGCUCAUCAUUUUCAUAGCGACUUUCAUAGCCAAAUCACCAAUAGAAGGUCUGAUUAGAAGUAUCAAUGCUCUUUUACCGCCGACGUGUGAACUUCUGGAUGAGCAGAGUUAUCAAGAUUUGGUCGAGCAAGUUUUGAAAUCACAGAUUUUUCAACUAUUCCUUUAA